AUGUGCGCUAAUGAGGCUGCAGUAAUGGGCACUGAUAGGCUGCACUGAUGGACACUGAUAGGUGGCACUGAUGGGCACUGAUGUACCCAGGGGCGGACUGACAACUCAUGGGGCAAUAGGGGAUCAUGGGGCCCCUGUGUCCUUGCCCAAACUCAAAAAAGCCUAUGAAAAAGGUACCAGGGGCAUCUCAUGGGGCCCCCUACUGACCCCGGGCCCUCGGGCAGUGCCCGAGUUUCCAAAUGGUCAGUCCGCCCCUGCAUGUACCCCUGCAUGUAACCAAACCAAGCUGUGG